UUAUAGGGCUUCUUCUCCAAUCGACAUGUACGUAAUUCUUGCUGAAUAUGAUCCGCCAAGAUGAACAACCGCAGGAAAAUAAGAACACCAAUCCUCCACCGGAGCUUCCGCCGCUCAAUCUACAACCACAUUCGUUUUCUUCACUCCCAGAUGUAAUCGUUGAGAACAUUCUUGCUCGUAUCUCGAAAUGCAAUUACCCUAACCUCUCUCUCGUCUCCAAGAGAUUCCUAUCUCUCCUCUCUUCUCCUGAACUCUACACGACACGAUCUCGCAUCGGAACAACAGAGCCAUGCAUCUAUAUCUGCAUGGAACGUUUCAAAGACCUUGGUCUUAAAUGGUACACUCUUUGGACGAAACAUGCUCAUGUUGAAACAUUAACCGUUGACGAUGCUCAAGAAGAUAAUCUUCCAUGUAACGAAUAUUCGCUGGUUCCCCUUCCUGAAUCUAAUUCUCUCGUACCAUUUAUGGAUCGCACUAAUGUAGUGGUUGGUUCGGAAAUCUAUUUAUUCGGUGUGACCUCCUCUGAACAGCCUUCUUCAUCUGUUCGUAUUCUUGAUUGUCGGAGUCACAUGUGGCGUGAUGGCCCUAGCAUGUUGGUGGCUCGAAGGUGUCCCUAUGCUGUUUUUCUCGAUGAGAAAAUAUAUGUGUUUGACGGUUGCGGGGAAGAUGAUACUUGGAUGGAAGUAUUGGACAUGAAGACUAAAACUUGGAGCCCCUUGCUUAGACAUAGAGUUGCUGUGCUAGAAGGGGGGUGGUUAAAUACCGUUGGGCUUCAAGGAAAGAUUUACCUAAUUACUAAAAUAAACUACUGUGCUUAUGACCCAAAACAAGGUACGUGGGAAGUCGUGGAAGUCCACGAUAAUUUGGGAUAUCUAGGCAAAUGGUGUGUGAGUGUGAUAGAGGAUGUAAUGUAUAGUUAUUCAUACUACUCCGAUAAUCUAGUCUGGUAUGAUUCCAAAUGUAAAAAAUGGAUAGACGUCAAGCUCUCGAAUUUCGAACUAUUGUAUAAGUGGCGUAUGGUUAAUAUACUCAACCACGGUGGGAAACUUUUAGUUAUGUGGCUCUACAAGUUUGAGGAAUACGACGGGAUAGAGGUAUGGAAAAUUAGGUGCGCGAAAAUCGUCGUAGAGAAGCGCCAUGGAAAUGAGGUUUGGGGUGAGAUAGAAUGGCCUGUUACUGAGGUUAAGCUCCCCGAGUUGUCUGAGCGCUUUAAUUCUCUAGUCAUUUCGAUUUGAUGAUUCGUGAA